AUGGCUGGCCAGGCUGCCACGGAGGCACCACCUGGCCUGGUAGCAGCAGCUGCAGCAGACCCCCCCCCUUCAACAGCCACACCUGGAGGUAGCCUGGACUCCCCUGACAGACACGGAGGAGGCGGCCAGUUGGGGGUCAGCAGCAGGCCAGUGGCCCCUUGCCCUGGGGCUCUCCGUCUCAAGUGCGCAGCGCAGCAUGGAUGGGGCUCGACCCAGCUCAGCCUCCUCCAGUCCCAGGAGGGAGGGAGGCGCCUCUUCCGCAGAAAGGCUCCCGUCCCGCAGCAGGGAGUUCCGCGGGGCAGCUGCGGCGCCUGCGCAGAGGCGCGCGGCGGAGCUGGGGAGGUCGACGUGGCGAGGGGCGGGGUUCAGCCUGGCCGCCCCGCCCGCGCGCCUUGGCCAAUCGGCGGGCUGGCCUGGGCGGCGUCGCCCAAUAGCGAUCAGCCACGACGCUCGAUAUGCGGAGGGACGCCGGGCGGCCCCGCAGAAGGCGAAGGAGCGGCGCCGGGAGAGGACGGCAGCGAGGCAAGCGGAGCUCUGGCCAUGGCGCCCCUCCCGGGCCCCGCCGCCCCCCGGCUCCUGCUGCUCCCCGCCGCGCCCGGGCCUGGCGCCUCCCCGCCGCCCCGCAAGAGGCAGCGCCUGGCCCACCUGAGCGCCGAGGAGAAGGCCCUGCGCAGGAAGCUGAAGAACCGCGUGGCGGCGCAGAGCGCGCGGGACAGGAAGAAGGCGCGCAUGGGCGAGCUGGAGCGGCAGGCGCUGGAGCUGGAGGCGCAGAACCAGAAGCUGCUGGCCGAGAACGCGGCGCUGCGGGAGCGCACCCUCCGCCUGGCCCUGGAGAACCGGGAGCUGCGCCUGCGCCUCGGCAUGCCGCCCGCCAGCCCCCGCAAGGCGGAGGAAACGGCUGAGCCCCCCUGGGAGCUCCCCCCCCAGCAGGAGCAGGAAGAAGAAGAAGAGGAGGAGGAAGAAGAGCCCCAUGCAGGGACAGGCCCAGCAGUCGCCAUGGCCCCCUCGCCGGGCUGCGUCCCCCUGGAUGGUGCUGACGGCAGCGCUGGCUCUGAGUCUGAUCUCCUCUUGGGCAUUCUGGACAGCCUGGACCCAGACAUGUUCCUCUACUACGAGAGCCCAGAGCUGGCCUACCUGGAGCAUGUGCAGCAGCAGGAGGAGGAGGAGGAGUGUGCAGGACAAACAGAUCCCUUACCACCCGCUCCUCCUUUCCCUCUGGGGCCCUCACCGCCCAAGCUGGAAGCCAUUAAUGAACUGAUCCGUUUUGACCACGAGUAUACCAAGCCCUUUGCCCAGGAGGCCAGCCAGCCUAGCAUGCUAGGGAGUGGGGGGAGCGCAGCAGGGGUCUGCCUUGUGCCUGUGAAAGAGGAGCCUGCAGACAGCCUCCUGCCCGAGCUGGGGAUCGCCCACCUGCUGGCCCCAGACCAGAAGCAGCAGAGCCUGGGGGAUGGCUCCAGCAGCGACUCCGGCUACGAGGGCUCCCCCUCCCCCUUCAGCGACCUGGCCUCUCCCCUGGGCACAGACUACGGGUGGGACGAGGCUUUUGCCAAUGAACUCUUUCCUCAGCUCAUCAGUGUCUGAGCAGGGCUGCUCCCUGGAACAUUCCUCCUCCUGCUCCUCCAAGUGUUUCAGCAGAACUCACAAGUAUUGGUCCCUUUCUGCCAGCCCCGUUUGUGCCGAAGGAAGGAAGGCAGGCUUCAAGGAUCCACCCCCUUGCGAGAAACAGGGCGUGGCCUCUGAUGGUGGCCAGUGCUCCUGAGGCAUCUUUUUCAGUUAUGUAAAUAAACAUUAAAUUUGCCUGA